ACGGAAAAAUAUUCGAUGCUAGUAAAUUUUCCUGCCUUGAGAUAUUGAGACUCGAAUAUUUGACCCUUACCCUUACCUUCUGGUGAAAUGUUCGAGUCUCAAUAUCUCAAGGCAGGAAAAUUUACUAGCAUCGAAUAUUUUUCCGUCAUACUACUAAGACCAUGGGCUACAAGUGUGGCACGUUUGAAAUCAAAAUUCGAAAGUCGGAUUUUGCUCGAAAUCAAUGCAGUAUAGGCAAAAACUGACUAAAAAUUCAGUAUCUCAGCAGCAAAGCACCAUGAGGAUGAACCAACUUAGGGUAUUUCACUACUCACUGAGAUCUACAAGAUAAAAGUAGUCUGAAUCCAAAAGCGAUUUAUAACCUCAAGAAGUUCCCUUGUUAGACAAUUCUGCGGUGAGAUUAAAAAAUAUUCGUUCGAAGUAUAUUAAAUGCUCCGAAACUAGCAAUAACUUUAUUUUUUCAGCCAAGCUCACAUACAUUCCGGAUGUUCUCUGCGUAUUUUCAGGGUAGGUGGGUGAGGCCAAAGAUGUGAAUGAGGGUGAGGAUAAUGAUCUUCUUUCACUCUCACCCACCAUACCAACUCACUCACCCUCACGCUCGCCCUCAGAGAUGAUUAUUCGUUUUCCAAAUUAUCGAUUUUUCAACAUUUGACGCUUCGCACUGCAUUUCACAGCCGAGUGAAACUUGAAUACCAUCUAGUUUCUAGCUCGAUGCGAAAUUUGUUAUUUUGUGUCUCAAUGAUCUGCUAAACGACAAAUACUCAUUCCAACGUGAGAUGAAAAUAUCGAGAUUGAAUCGCUGAAAUUUAUUUCCAGAUUCUUAUUAGGUGGUCCCAUUCGUUUACAGAUAGACUCUAGACAAGACAAAUUUUGUUGGAUUUCGUUUUUCUCACUAUUUAACAUAAUCAAAAUGAAAUUAGCAAGAAAGUUAGUCACCACUUUGUUUGAACAACUGGUAUUGUAUAGAGCAACUGAUGAUAGAUAAUGAAUGAGACAUAUCGAUAAUUAAAGGAUAAAUCCAUAGUGUUCUUUAGAAUCAAGAUGAUAUGUAUUAAUAGAGUUCUCUUAGUGGUGAAUCUCGCAAUAUCUACUUUUCAAGCUCUUUCCAACUUUGAUCACUCGAGUAAUUGAAGCGUAACUUUUUCUACUACAUCGACAAAAAAAUCUGAUUCCAGUAAACUAUAAAUAUCUUUUCGCGAAAACCGUGUGUACUUUAUCGUAGGAGCGAUUAUUCGUUUUUGCAAAAACUCGAUUUUUUGAUACAUUCGAAGCCAGGUUGCACCGCAUUUCGUAGCGGAGUUUACAUGAGUACCAUCUAAUUGUAUUAUGCAAUAAUAUUUCUUUUCUCUUCUAGUCAGUGUGAACCAGAAUGUAUCAUAAGCAAAAGGUCUUUAACCGAUAAUGAACUCGCAAAUAAAAUUAAUCUUAAAUGCGGCGAUAUUGUUAAGUUCGAACGGAUUGAUUCCCAACUUAUUCAAUAUUAUCAUGCAGGGCUAUACGUUGGUGAUGGUAAUGUGAUUCAUAUCGCAAGCCGUGAAGAUGCUAAGGUUAAAACGGGAGAAUUCGUAAUCACUGAAACGGCGGCUUCAAACGCAUUCAUGAACGGUAUGUUCGGUGGUGUGUUGACAGGUGCCAUUGGCGCUGCCGUUGGAUUUUGUAUUGCGGGCAUUCCCGCCGGCAUUCUACCUGGUAUAUGUUUGGGUUUGGAUCCCGGAGCAGCGGCUACGACAACUGUUGGUCAAUUGCAGGGCAUCUCGCGGAAAGAAAAGCGUGCGCGGCACGACAACGAGCCCUGCAAGACGCUUGGGAAAAAGUGCUUCAAAAAGACAAAUCGUAAACAUAUUAUAAUUAUUACAGUACAACUAUCUUUACAAUCACUUUGA